AUGGAUACUAUUCAGGCUUCAUCUUGUGAAAAUAAUCUAAAGCAAGUUUUGACAUCCAAAGAAUGUGAACCAACAAAUUUUAGAAAUAACUCUCACUCUGCCAGAAUACUGGAAGAUUUACAAUCUCUACGCAAAAAUGAAGUUUUAUGUGAUAUUAGAAUUGAAACAGAUGAUGGAUGUAUAACGGAAGUGGUUAAAAGUGAUGAGUUCCUAUCUUUAUCUUCCCAAGAUGUGGUUAAGAUUAUCUCUUGUAAUGACCUUGCUGUUCCAUAUGAAGAAAAAGUAUUGGACUGUGUUAUGAGAUGGGUAAAUCAUGAUUUGGAUCCCAGAAAAGAUUUUGUGCCAGAAUUAAUGGAACAUGUUCGUUUGCCAUUAUUAAAGCCUAAUAUAUUAUUUAAAAUAUCUGAAGAACCUCUUCUAAAAAAUAGUCCUAAAUGUAAAGAUUAUGUAUAUGAUGCAAUACAAUUUAAUCUACAAAAAUCAGUUGAGCAUUUCACCAUUCCAAAAACAAUUAGAUGUAAACCUAGACAGUUUGGUGUUUCUCAAAAAGUUAUUUUAAUGUUCAACCUGUCUGAUACAUCGCCAAAGUGUUAUACAGAAUGUAAUCAAAAAUGGAGAACAGUGUCUAGUAUGUCCACUGAAAGAUGGGAUUUGGGUGUUGGUGUACUCAAUAAUUUAUUAUACGCGGUUGGGGGUGCUGGUAAUGGUAAAUGUUUGACAUCUGUGGAAUAUUAUGAUCCCACACUUGACACAUGGACACCAGUUGCAGAUAUGUCUGCAUGUCGUCAAGGUGUUGGUGUAGGAGUCUUGGACGGUCUUAUGUAUGCUAUUGGUGGCUAUGGUGGAAAGUAUCUUAAAAGUGUUGAGGUUUAUAGACCGAGUGAUGGAGUUUGGUCGUCUGUAGCUGAUAUGGAAAUAUGCCGAUAUCGUCCUGGAGUAGUGGCAUUAGAUGGGCUAUUGUAUGUUAUGGGUGGAGAAUCUGAUGAACCUAUCAAUGAUACUGUAGAAAUUUACAACCCCAAAACCAAUACUUGGACCAUGGAGAGAUUGUCAAGAAAUGGAGUACAAAUUUAUGGUGGAGUAGUUGUUGAUAGACCACCAAAUUGUAUUAACUAA